AUGCAAACUUGGGGGUUAUGGGAGGGCUCUGGCCUGGGGUAUGGGCUCGUGUCGUGUUCUGUGGCUCGGACUAAGACGGAGGAGGGGCGGAAGAGCACAAACCGCUUCGCCCAGGCGCAGGAGGACGAAUGGCCGCGGCGGAACAAGACCCUGCUCACCUACGUGGCAGCGGCCACCGUGGGCAUGCUGGGGGCCUCCUAUGCCGCCAGGCCCCUCUAUCAGCUCUACUGCCAGACCACAGGACUUGGUGGAUCAGCAGUAGCGGGGCAUGCAUCAGACCAGAUUGAAAACAUGGUGCCUGUUAGGGACCAGAUCAUUAAGGUGACCUUCAAAGCAGAUGUGCAUGCCAGUCUCCAAUGGAACUUCAGACCUCAGCAAACAGAAAUAUAUGUGUUACCAGGAGAGACUGCGCUAGCAUUUUAUAGAGCUAAGAAUCCUACUGACAAACCAAUAUUUGGAAUUUCUACAUACAAUGUUGUACCGUUUGAAGCUGGGCAGUAUUUCAAUAAAAUCCAGUGCUUCUGUUUUGAAGAACAAAGGCUUAAUCCCCAAGAGGAAGUAGACAUGCCAGUGUUUUACAUUGAUCCAGAAUUUGCUGAAGACCCAAGAAUGGUGAAUGUAGAUAUCAUCACCCUUUCUUAUACCUUUUUUGAAACAAAGGAAGGGCAAAAAUUGCCACUUCCAGGCUAUAAUUGA